AUGGUAUUGAUUGAGGGCCGUCGGCGGGAUCCGCAAGCACCAGCUCCACAGAAGAGGCCAGCAGAAGAAGCGCUGCAGGCCGUGGCCGCCAAGCAGCCUCGGAGUGGUCCAGAAGCCUCGGCGGAGACACCCACCCAGGUGACUCCAAAAGCAUCUGCACCUGGGUUGCCUCUGCCGGCAGGGCCAGCUUCCUGGCAGAGCGUCCCUGCACUCCUGGGUCCCACGCCUCCACAGCCACCAGCACCGAACCCACAGGCAGCUGCCAUUUUAGCAACUCUGCAGAAUGCCGCAACAACCGCUCCACAAAAUCCGCAAACAGCUGCACUUGCAGCAGCCUUGGCAGCACAAAACCCAGCCAAUGCCACGCAACCCCCGCCACCAAACCCACAAGCACUUGCCCUUCUCGGUGCUUUAGGUGUAUCCAGUGCUGCGACAGGCACUGCUGCCGGAGCUGGUGCCGCACCGGCACCGGCCUCCUUGUCACCACAAGCCCAAGCCAUAAUUGCUGCUCUUGUGGCGGCCAAGUCGUCGGCUGCUACCGCGGUUCCGGCUUCUUCACCUUUAGUUGGACUGCCCCAAGCAACUGCUGGCACAGCCCCUCCAGGAACACACAUCGACAGCACUGCACAACCCCCACCACCGAACCCACAGGCACUAGCAAUUCUCAGCGCUUUGGGCCCCGCUGCAGCUGGUGCUGGAGGUGGUGCCGCACCGGCACCGGCCUCCUUGUCACCACAAGCCCAAGCCGUCAUUGCUGCCCUUGUGGCGGCCAAGUCGUCGGCUGCUACUGCCGUUCCUGCUUCUGCACCCUUAGUUGCACUGCCCCAAGCAACCGCUGGCACAGCUGUCACCCCACCAAAUGCAUCAGGUCAAAUCGACAUCAUUGCCCACCUAGCAGCUUCGGCCCGGAUAAAUGCAGCGAUGAAUGCAGCGUACUCGCCGCCAGAAGAGCAGCAGCCGGCUCCAGCAGUGCCGGAGCCAGCUGCGUUUGACAAGGAUGCCCUGCGCCGCCUCGCGCAGCGAGCAGCAGAAGGCCCAAUCGAAGAGGAGCCGCCUCCACCGCCGCCACCUGAACCGGCAACAAAGGCAGCAACCGUCGCUGAGGUGAUCCAGCAGGAAGAGCCUCCUUCUGCAGCGGAGGCUGAGCCUCUGGCGGAUGCAGAUGCUGCGGCCCAGGUGAUUGGUCAGCCUGCUCAGCCUGCCCUGGCGCAGGCAGACGAAAUGAACGGCGCAGCGCAAGCAGCCCCAGCUGAGGCAAAGAAGAAGGAUUCCUCAUCGAUUGCGACAAUGCUCAGCUACGCGCAGAGCAACGUUGCCAAAGGCAAGGUGACACCGGACAAAGCGGUGGACACUGCGUCUUUACAGCAGGCGUUUACGAUUGGAGGCGGAGCAAGUGGCCACUCCUCUGGCGUGAAGGGGUUGUCGCCCGUUGAGAGCCUUUGUCAGAGGCUUGACACCGCAGGUCCUGACCUCUCUUCGGAGGAGCGCAAGGACCUCCAGCAGCAAGUCAGCGCAAUCUUGCCGAAGCUUGAGCCACCCAAAGCAGCUGAGCUCAUCGGCAAAAUGCAAGGUGCAGAAGGUAUUCGCAGCUCUUCCUUCUUGGAUGAGAUCGCGAAAUCCCUUCAUCCAUCCCGCUUUGCUAGCUCGCAUUUGACUCGCAUAAUGGCAUCCCUAGCUCCCUGGGCUGCUGCAGUCAGCGGCAGCGAUGCGGAUGGAAAGAUCAAGCUGUCUGAGGAUGCCAGGUCAUUCUUCACCACCUCGGCAGCAGAACUUUCCUUGAGGCUGAUGGAUGUGGCCCCGAAAGAUUUGAGCCAGAUAGCUACGGCGAUGGCUACCAUCAGCAUGACGGAGGAGCGCUUCUUCGCCUCGUUGGCUCGGGCAUCGGUUGCUCGAUGCGAACGUUUCAGCGUCGAGGACAUCCUCCUCGUUUGUGCCGCCUUCGACAAGGCAGGUAUGGUCCACCUGCCCCUCCUGGAGGCGGCCGGGAAGCUGCUGCGGAUACAGGUCGCACAGGUGCCCGGCACGGAGCUGGCAAAGGGCUUGCGAAGCCUGGCCACGUGCUGCGUGCGCGACCUUGCUCUUGGCAGAGCUGUUGGUGAACAUUUGGCUGAAGGUCCCAAGGGCGGCCUCACUCCAGAAGAGUUUUGCUCGCUUGCCUGGACGUUUGUGACACUCGGCUUCUAUCACGACCAGAUGUUCCGAGCCGUCUUCAAAGCAUUGGAGGAUGCCCCAACGAUGCCUGGGGACACACUGUGCCAGCUUUACGAGAUCCACCUGGCAUUGAAGGCCUUCCGCAACGAUCUCUAUGGCAAGUUUGAGCUUGAGGCGUCUGCAGUGCAAAGCCUCCGGGCACACUACAAAAAGCAACGUGGUGGCAAGGUUAGAGAUGUGAAAUUGGACCGCUCGGUGGAGAAGGUCUGCAAGGACAUCGCCGAUUCUUUGCAGAAGGUGGUCUCGCGCGGAUCAGUCUCGCGACAACAUCAGACCGAGCUUGGCAUGGCCGUUGACAUCGCCGUCUCCGCAAAGAGGGGCUCCAAACCCAUCGUCUUUAUCGAGGUCGAUGGAUCGCACUCGCUGAUGAAAACGCUGGACCUGACAGGGCCCACAACAUCGCAGAUCUCUCGAGUACGUGGACCUGUCUUGUUGAAGAGGUACCUGUUGCAGAAGUGCCUUGGCAGGAGACGGCACGACAUGCGCAGGUGCAAGUAA